AUGGCCGAUAACAUGGAGCCCUCUCCAAAGUCGAUGCAGAGCACCAUGAAUUUAUUUGCCUUUACCCGUAGCACACGAGAGCUGCCGCUUCAACCAUCCACACAGAGAGCGCUGCCGGUUUCGCCCGACUUUGCUCUACAGGCCAGCGCGCUGCCAUACAGUGCCAACAUGAAUAACUACCACGGUUCUCUUGCCCAGCAGGGGCGAGCCCUAUCACAGGCUGCCCAUUAUUCGCUGGCGCCCGCUACCAUGUGUCGCGACUUAUCCAUCCGCUCAGAGCCCAUCAUGCACCAGAGGCAAACGACACCCUCUGCAUCAACCGGGCGGCGCAUCAGCAAUGAGAUGCUUUUUGCCCCUCUUGCUCAAGUUCAGGAGAAUUCUUCUCCAGACAUUGGCGUGACCCCUCAGGUCUACUUUGCCAACAUGGCCCCGAGCCCAAGCUACCUGUCGUCCACCGGGACCAACCUACCCCUUUACGACAUGUUUGCGGGCAGACAAUCAGCUACUCCCUCCAUGGUCACGACAUCUACGGGCAUUGAGCAGGCCCCUCCCAUGACGAGAGAGAACAGCUUUGUUCAUACCAGCCCCCGCGUGGACAUAACGAGGAUGCCCUCGUCUGCAUCCUACGCCGACUCGCUCUCUGACCAUACCAUAACGAAUCUCCAGCAGUCAGACUGCUCCAAUGUAUUCAACAUGCCCGAAGAUCUCCUGGCAGUGGGCUGUGGCUUCCCCAAUCCCACCACAAUGCAAUACCCACCCCUGGAAUAUCAAAUGUUGAUGUCCCCUGCCUUUACUCCCGCUUCCAUGAAUCCCACCACUCCCGGGGCCGCUCUCAUGGAACGAGGAGACUCGGCUUGCAGCAACAAGUCGACCUCUUCUUUGGCAAACCGGGCUAGGGAGGCUACAAGGAGGGUGGUCUUGCAGGCACAAUCGACCUCGAUUGCCCCCAUGCCCCAGCCGCCAUCCCAAGAGCUGCCUCGAGCGACUCAUGGGAAGCGCACUACCCAGCAAGACAGCAAGGCCAAGCAAAAGCCAAAGUACCCAAAACUUCGCUGCAAAUAUUGCAACGAAAUCCCUAAUGGGUUCCGAGGUGAUCAUGAGCUGAGGCGCCACAUCGGCGCCAAGCAUUCCCAAAAGGUCAAGAAGUUUGUCUGCCGUGACCCGAGAGACAGCGGCAUGCCCACCAAGCUCGUGCCCCUCAACCCCCUUGCGCGAUGCAAGUCUUGCACCUCGGGAAAGCAGUACAACGCCUAUUACAACGCGGCAGCCCACCUUCGACGCACUCACUUCAGAGUGAAGCCAAGCCGAGGAAAGGGCGCCAUGGGAAUAGGCGAGAAGAGGGGCGGCAAGGGAGGCGGCGAUUGGCCUCCCAUGAAUGAUCUCAAGGCAUGGUUUACCGAGAUUCAAGUCGCGGCCGAUGGGCCUGCCUCGGUGGUUACGGGCGAUGACCCUCCAGAUGAAGGGUCUCUUUCCCAAACAUCCGCGUCCACUACGGACAUGAGCGCCGAUUCUGACACGAUCAGACAAAGUGAUUUUACCGUGACAGUGGGCUACGUGGGCCAGCCAGCUCAGGAGGAUCCGCAGUUCCCCUUGCUGUCUGCUGUCGACGAUAGUGACAUUGACGUGCUUAGCACAUCGCAAGGUUCUGCGGCAUCUGUGUUUCAGCAGGUGGAUGACUUGAUCUUCGAUGCCGCAUGGUUUGACACCAUUUCUAAUGCUGGCUUGGAUUAUCCGCACCUCUGA